AUGUCUGAUGACGAUUUUAUGCAAGAGUCGGAUCAGGAAGAGUACGACUUUGAAUAUGAAGACGCUGACGACGAUGAGCUCGGCGACAUUGGAAUUGAGAACAAAUAUUACAAUGCAAAACAAAUAAAAGGAGAAAAUCCCGAGGAGGCGAUUGAAGAGUUCCUGGGCGUCCCGUUGUUAGAGCAAGACAAAGGCGAUUGGGGGUUUAAAGGACUAAAACAAGCAAUAAAACUGGAAUUUAAGCUGGGUCGGUAUGACGAUGCUGUUGAGCAUUAUCAAGAACUCCUCACAUAUGUCAAAUCGGCCGUCACGAGGAAUUAUUCUGAAAAGUCAAUCAAUAAUAUGCUGGACUACAUCGAAAAGGGCGCCGAAGACGAGAAAGCCUACCACUGCAUGGAGAAGUUCUAUUCUUUGACGUUGAAUUCUUUCCAGAGCACAAACAAUGAGCGACUUUGGUUAAAAACGAAUAUCAAGCUGGCAAGGCUAUGGCUAGAUCGGAAAGAAUACGGACAACUAAGCAAGAAAGUUCGGGAGCUGCACAAGGCAUGUCAGCGACCUGAUGGAACAGAUGAUCCCGCGAAGGGAACUUACUCGUUGGAAGUUUACGCCCUAGAGAUACAAAUGUACGCGAAUACCAAGAACAACAAGCGGUUGAAAGCUCUGUAUCAGAAAGCUCUGAAGGUCCGGUCUGCGGUGCCACACCCUAAAAUCAUGGGCAUUAUCCGUGAAUGCGGAGGCAAGAUGCACAUGAGUGAGGAAAACUGGAAGGAAGCUCAAAGCGACUUCUUCGAAUCUUUUCGGAACUACGAUGAAGCCGGGUCUAUGCAACGAAUACAGGUUCUGAAAUACCUCGUUCUAACUACUAUGUUAAUGAAAUCCGACAUCAACCCUUUCGAUUCCCAAGAAACGAAGCCCUACAAAAAUGACCCCCGAAUAUCUGCUAUGACGGACCUCGUCGAUGCUUUUCAACGAGACGACAUCCUCGCCUACGAAGACAUCCUAAAAAAGAACCAAGACUUGCUCGCCGAUCCCUUCAUUGCCGAAAACAUCGACGAAGUCAGCCGGACUAUGCGCACGAAGGCCGUCCUCAAGCUAAUUGCCCCAUAUACCCGCUUCUCCCUUGCUUUCGUAUCAAAACAACUUAGAAUCUCCGUUCCCGAAGUUCAAGAUAUCCUCUCCUACCUUAUCCUAGACGGUAAGCUACAAGAUGCGAAAAUCGACGAACUAACCGGCAUUGUGACAAUUGGAGGAUGGCACGACUCCGAGAGACUGGCUGCUGUCGACAUGUGGAUGGGCGAACUGAAUAAGUUAUGGAAUACUGUCCUAAGUCAAGGUGACGGGUUUAGGGCUGACGAAAGUGGGCGCAUGCUCGGCUCCCUUACGGGCGGGGCGAGCCUCGGGAUGGGCCAUGGCGGAUCACAUCUUGGGUCAUUACGGAGCCUUGGGAGGGGACCGCAACAAGGUCACCCGAAGCACGCCAAGGGGAAGCCUACAAAGAAGGCGCAUCGAUAGGCCCUGACAAAACCCUGAUUUACCUCUUUGACAAGUCGACACUGCGGAACCUUUACAACAUGCAUGCAGUAUGCACUAUGCGAUGCAAACGUAAUUUUGGUCAUGCAGCUUCGCCAGCCUCCCCUUCUUUCUUUUCAUUUCCCCUCAUACGUAUCUUUCUCUUCUGAGGGGGAAGUUUUUCCUCCAGAAUGGUACGAACAUCGGUCACUCAGCAUUUGCUCUAUGUCAAAUUGGAAUACUUCCAGCUACCCGCACAACAAUCAGGUGAGGGGCCUCACCCUUCAAAGCCCGUCGAGAACCAAGUUGUACAAUGCACACAGCCUGGGGCGAUCGAAUCCACCCACCUCAUCCCAUGUUUUCUGUCUUACACAAAACCUUGGGUCACCCUGUUUUCCUGUUCCUGGCGGGUUUCCGGCGGCUUGCGCACCAGUGCCACCGCUUAAAAUGAGUGUGUUACAUCAAUGGACGCCGCAUGCAUGUACGUAAACUCUCCGGACGCCAUUUGCUGCGCCGAACAUUCCGCUGCAUUUCGUGCUCUCUCAUAGUGUGGCAAACACUUCGAUUGGCUUGACUGUCUCGGAACUCUUUAUCUGAGCGGAUUUUUUCUUUUGAAAUGUUGUAUUCAAGUUG